AUGCCAGAAGGCGUGGACGCGGAAAGCGUGGAACUUCGAGACGGGCAGCUGAACGGGCAACCGAACGGGCAGGUGAACGGGCAGGAAGAUGCGGAGAAAAAACAACAGCAGCGGCAUCAUCAAUGGCCGGAUCUUUGGCAGCCCGACCAUGGCGAAGCGCACUUAGUAGACAGCAGCGGGAAGCGGCUGCUCGAACCGCGCGCGCUAUUAGUAGACGCGUUUGGAACGUUGGUCGAAACGGCAGAGGAGGAGACUAUGGUGUAUGCUUCUAUCGGGCAGAAAUUCGGCGUGGAGAUUAGUCCGGAGGAGAUUGGGAGGCGGUACGAAGUGGUUUACAGGAAACCAUGGCUGCAGUCCAAGCUGAGGUAUGAAGGCGACGCUCUACCUUUUUGGCAUCACAUCAUUUCCGAAUCCACCGGCUGCUCUAAUCCCAGCUACACCCAAGAACUCCACGGCUAUUACAUAAAAAAACACGCGUGGCGAUUCACCGACCCGAAUGCUCGCGAAGCGUUUGCGGCGAUUCGUCGCGCCGGGAUCAAAAUCGCGCUCGUGUCGAAUUUCGACACGAGGCUCCGGGAUCUGCUCCGCGCGCUCGACUGCUACGAUUGGUUCGACGCCGUCGCGGUUUCCGCAGAAGUGGAGGCGGAAAAGCCGAGCUCGGAGAUUUUCCAUGCGGCGUGUGACAUGCUGGGGGUGCUGCCGCAUGAGGCGGUGCAUGUGGGAGACAGCCGGAAUAAGGACGUGGCGGGGGCGAAGAGGGCCGGGUGCGGUGCGGCGUGGCUUUGGAAUGAAGACGUAUCUUCCUUCACAGAGGCGGUGCAUGUGGGGGACAGCCGGAAUAAGGACGUGGCGGGGGCGAAGAGGGCCGGCUGUGGUGCGGCGUGGCUUUGGAAUGAAGAUGUGCACUCCUUUACUGAGCGCAUACCGCCAAUUUCUCCCCCCGCGUAUCAUCACCGCAUAGGAUACGGCCUCGAAGCAAAGAGACGACUCCACGACUGCGCUCUGUCUGCUCCCAUCCCCCCCCCAUCUGCCCUCACAGUCCCUUGCAGCUCAUCAGCCGCUUCUUUCCCCCAUCCGCGCAUGCAGCUCCCAGGCGUUCAUCAGUCUCUCCUCCCUCACUCUCUGCUCACUUUCUGCUCCCUCCCCGUCCCCCCAUCCGCGCCCGUGCAGUCCCCCGGCGUACUACUACAGGCCUGGGUCAUCCACCCGGACCACCCCAUGGUCAUCCUUCCCUUCCCUCCUUCCCUCCCCUCCGUCCCUUUCCUCCUUUCCUUCUCCUUCUCUCUGAUUCUUCCCAUCCCUCCUUCCCUUCCCUCCUUCCCUCCCCUCCGUCCCUUCCUCCUCCCCCCUCCCCAUUAUCCUCCUCUCCAGGGCGGUCGCUGGUGCCUCUCUUCCAGACAGUGCUGCCUACGGGCCGACACAGAGCUGGGGGGAUCAACCAAGGGCUGGCUCAAAUCUGGCCUUUUCUUCACUCCUCCUCACUCCUCCCCACUCCUCCCCACUCCGCCCCACGCCUUCCCACACCUUUUCACUCCUCUCCAGGGCGGUCGCUGGUGCCUCUCCCCCAGUCAGUGCCGGCUACGGGCCGACACAGACCUGGGCUCAACCACGGGCUGGCACAAGUCGGGCUCCUCUCCCACUGAUUCCCACACCUUCCUAAUCCUCCCCACUCCUUGUCACGCCUGCCUGCUCUUCUGCAGGGCGGUCGCUGGUGCCUCUCCCCCAGUCAGUGCCGCCUACGCUCCGACACAGACCUGGGCUCAACCAACGGCUGGCCCAGACCCGGGGAUCCAGGAUCUCAACAACAAGGGUAUGAAGGAAGCGGAUUCCGUCCUCCUUACAGGGUGCUCCGCUGGCGCUAUAGCGGUGUCGAUGGCGUGUGAUGCCAUGGCGCAGUUCCAUUUCCCUUGCACGGCCAAAGUCAAAUGCCUCAUGGACGCUGGCUUCUUCAUGGCAAUGCGAUUCCACUUCCCUCGCACGGCCAAAGUCAAAUGCCUCAUGGACGCUGGCUUCUUCAUGGACAUCAGCAGGCAGUGCAGCUUUUGGGGCAUCGUGCAGCGAAUGUCGACGCUGACCCUCCCUGCUUUCCCCCGUUCUUCCCUUCUCCCACCUUCCUACCUCUCCCCCCCUCCUUUCCUCCCCAUCUCCACCACCACCCUCCUUGCACAUUCCUCCCCCACACACCCCGGACAUCAGCAGAGGCAGUACAGCUUCCGAGGCAUCGUGCAGCGAAUGUUGAUGGUGACCCUCCUUCCUUCCCUUCCCUCCACUCCAACCCCCUCUUUUUUUCCAUUUCCCCCCACAGACACCCCGGACAUCACCGGGCAGUGCAGUUUCCGAGGCAUUGUGCAGCGAAUGUUUCGAUUCCACUCCAUGACUGCUGCUGCUGACGACGACUGUCGCACGGCUUUCUGGCGAAUACCGACUUAG